AUGGACCCCGCGUGGCGUCUGUGCGACAGGUUCUUCGAGCCGGGAUUCGUCGACCGCCACACCCUCCUCGACGGAGCCUCGCAGGGAGCACACGGGACGAGGGUGCGCCGCAUGAUGAAGGUCAUCGAUGCCGUGCGCCAGCUUCGCAGGAGCGACGGCGAAGCCGACACGGAAGCCGUCGUCGACGCGCUUAACACGAUAGCGGCGCCGGGCAUCGGGACCUUCUCGGAUGCCCUCACGGUGCUCAACGCGGGCAACAAACCGACCUAUGCCGGGCAGGGUAAGGGCGUCAAGGGGCUCGGCAAGACGGAAUUUGCCAAGCUUCGUCUCGCCUGUGCGCUCGUGGCGCGCGGGUUGAAGCCGGAAACGUGGGUCGCCGACCUGUUCCCGGACACAUGGAAGGAGCAGAUGAAGAAGGCGUUGGCCGACCUGGCCCGCGAAAACGACGCCGGCCAACGGCCUCCGACCAAGAAGUCGACCAAGCGCAAGAAGACCGCGUGA